AUGGCAACCAUGAAAGCAAUUCAAAUUCAACGUCACGGUGGCACUGAAGUUUUAGAGUAUGUGGAUUUGCCUCGUCCAGAAGUGACUGGAAAUAAAAUCUUAGUAAAAAAUCACGCAAUUGGUGUUAAUUUUAUCGAUAUAUAUCACAGAACUGGUCUAUACAAAGUUUCACUUCCAUUUAUACUUGGACAUGAAGGUGCAGGUGUGGUAGAAUUUAUUGGUGAAGGUGUAACGGAUUUUGCACCAGGGGAUCAAGUAGUUUACAUGGCAUCAGAUUGUUAUGCCGAAUAUACACUUGUCCCAUCUAGUCAUGCAUUUAAGAUUCCAGCAAAUAUUAAAUUUAAAGAGGCUGCUGCUUUUUUGCUUCAGGGCCUAACCUGUUGGACUUUAGUCACGCAAAGUUAUGCGGUGCAAAAAGGAGAUUAUGUACUUAUACACGCUGCAGCCGGUGGAUGUGGUCUUUUGCUCACUCAAUUAUCAAAAUUACUAGGAGCUCACGUAAUUGGAACCACAUCAAACGCUCAGAAAGCAGAACUAGCAAAAAAAGCAGGUGCAGAAUACGUAAUAAACUACACCACAGAAAACGUUGUCGAAAAAGUGAACGAAAUUACCAAUGGAUUGGGUGUCCAUGUUGUUUAUGAUGGUGUCGGAAAAGACACGUUCGAAGUUUCAUUGGCGGCAGCUCGUCGACUCGGAACUGUCAUUUCUUUUGGAAAUGCUUCCGGUCUUGUUCCACCGUUUACUAUCGCUAGAUUAGCAGAUAAAAAUCUAAGGUUAAUGAGACCAAGUCUAAUGAACUAUGUCACGACCAAAGAGGAAUUUCAAAAGUACACCAAAGAAUUAUUUGAUCUGAUUCAAGAGAACAAAAUUUCAUUGUUAAAUGUACAAGUUCAUAAGUUGAGCGAUGCGAAAAAAGCUCACGAAUAUUUAGAGUCCCGAAAAACUACCGGAAAAUUAAUUUUAGAACUUGUCUAA